AUGACUGCGAACGUGGGGAUAUACAUUGGAUCUGACAACAAGUUGGAAUUUCGAGAUGGGUUGGACUUAUAUAAGCCAACCAGCACACAGGCAUUGAUCAAAGUAGAGUCCUCCGGCAUCAAUCCGGCUGAUAUCAAGCACGGACGCUUUGGGCUCAACGAGUACAUUGCUGGUUAUGAGUUAGCAGGCGUUGUACUCGAAGCUGGGUCGUCAUCGGAGUGGAAACCCGGCGACGUGAUCUGCGGAUCCAAUGCCACCAACAAACACAAGCCUUGGGCGCAUGGUGCCCACCAGGCGUUCGCAGUUGCUGAGAAUGGCCACAUGUGGGAUCGUGUGCCGCCACAAGUACCACUCUCGCACGCGGCAGGGACGACGAUUGUGCUGCGGACGGCCGCUGAUGCCAUGUUCAACACCUUCCGCCUGCCCUUGCCCCAAGGCACUGCCGAACCUCAGCCAGCUGUACACGGGGCCAUUCUUAUCUGGGGCGGUGCCACUCAGGUCGGCGUGGCUGCGAUCCAACUCGCACGGGCAGCUGGGCUGUCCACGAUCUAUGCUACCGCAUCGCCCCAACGGCAUGCAAAGCUGCGGCAGCUCGGAGCGACAGAAGUUUUCGACUAUCGCGAUGAACACGUCGUCGAGAAUAUUCAGCGUGCACUUAACAAGUCCGGGCAAGAUUUGAAAUAUGUUUUCGAUACCGUGGUGUCUUCUGGAGAUGUCUCAUCAACGGCGCAAUGUGUUGCACUGAAGUCCAGGUGCGAAGUCGUCUAUGCGUGUACGAUUCCUGUCUUCGAGGACACUCGUUGGAACAUGGUGGUGGCAUCUCGAGGGCAUGAUUUUCCCGAGCCGAGAGGGCCCUUUAAAGCUCAGCCUGAACGUGAGGUCGUGCUGCAGAGAGCAGUGGCGUCGGCGCUGGCUGAGUAUGGCAAGUCGUAUAUAGUGCCAAACGUUCGUGUCCUUAGCAAAGCUGACGAAGUGAUCGAUGCAAUGUAUGCGUCUGCCAAUGGCCAGACUGGCUUUGAGAAAAUUGCCAUACAACAUCCGCUGCUGGGUUGA